GUUUAAAGUGCAGCAUAAAUACACUGCGGGCUCCAAUAGCUCAGCCGCUCCUUACUUUUCUUCUGCUCCGACACCUGGCUGCGUCUCGUGCAGAAAUGAAUUUUCUGGGCAUCACUGUGGCUCUGGGACUUUUGGGGGGGAUAUGUGCUCAGAUUAAUGUGCUGCGGCCAGCAUGCGACUCCCUGGAGGCUGAGGAAGCUGCCCUGGUGGCUCAGGAUUACCUCAACGCCCAGCACAACCACGGCUACAAGUAUGCACUGAACAGGAUCGAAGACAUUAAGGUCCACUCUAUGCCUGAUGGAAACAGCACGUAUGUAUUGGAGGUGGACUUGCUGGAGACUGACUGCCAUGUGCUGGACCCCACACCUGUGGCCAACUGCACAGUCAGGCCCAAACAUCUGACGGCCAUCGAAGGAGACUGUGAUGUGGAGCUGAAGACAGUUGGUGGAGCUCUGACAGUCACCGCAUUCAAAUGUAAAACAGAAGAAUCCAGAGAAGACCUGUGUCUGGGCUGUUACACCCUUCUUCCCUUCAAUCACACUGAAGGGCUGGACUUUGUUCAGACCUCUCUGACAAAACUCAACAACAUGACGGAAAAUGUGACGUAUGUUCUGGGGGAGGUUGGAAGGAUUUCUUCACAGAUCGUGGCUGGUGGACCAAAGUACAACACAGAAUUUGUUGUCUUUGAAGCCAUUUGUGUGAACGAUACCUGCACGGCUCUGAAUGACCCUAUGGCUGCACGUGGAAUUUGUACUGCUGAAGGUGUGAACGAUCCAGCUGUGAACUGCAAAAUGUUUUCCACUCUGACGCCUCUUCUAGAUGCCAACAGUACUGCAAGGCCUGCCCUGCAACCACACGUUCACACCCACUUGGGUGACCUGUCCCCGAAGCAUGGAUUAAGACACCACAAACUGACCGCUCUCCAUGACCCUCACAUAAGCAGCUAUUUGUCUGCAGAAUCCGCAGAAUCAGCAGAAGUUGUACCUGUAGCACCUGCAGUACUUGCAGCACCUGCAGCUCCUGCCUCAACAGUCACUUCUGCACCUGCAGAGCACCACCCAACUACUGACGGCUCCUCUUCGGACGCUUCAGCCAGCUCCGAGCUCCCCAUCAAGGUGAUGAAGAGAAGUGUCCCUGCAGAUAAGACGCAUCCUGUUCAGGCGUGUCCAGGGAGAGUCAGAUUCUUCUAAAGACUCAGUUUCUUCAUUUACACCGGUACUAGUAGGGUAACAGAUGCAAAAAAUGUGCUGUGGUGGGUAGAUACUGCAUAAAGCCAGUAUAUUUAGAUUAGAAAUAAUCUAAUGUUUGAUGUCACAAGUGUCCAAGAAGUGAAAUUUUCUGAAAAGAUUUGCAUGUAACAGUUAAAUCUAAAAUAAAACCUUGUUUUUACUCA